AAAUUAUGCGUGUAGUGCAAGAUACUUAUUGGUUAAGAGUAUAAUCCAAUAUGUGCAUACCGACCAUUCUAUAUAAAGACCAAGAAGAUCUGGCAAUGGCAUAUAGAAGCUUGAUUCUCACCAAAGCAAAGUGAGAUACAUAACUGAAAGAAGAUGAAGGACAAAAUAAACAGCUUCUUUAAGAGGAUGAAGCCAUUCAUUGCAGUGGUGUUCAUGCAAGUUGGGCUUGCAGGAAUGGAUAUUCUGUCCAAAGCUGCACUUAAUCAAGGGAUGAGCAAUUAUGUCCUUGUGGUGUAUCGCCAUGCCGUUGCCACCAUUGUCAUUGCACCUUUUGCACUUCUUUUAGACAAGAAAGUGAGGCCAAAAAUGACUCGCUCAAUCUUCAUUAAGAUAAUUCUGCUCGGCUUGCUUGAGCCAGUUAUUGACCAAAACUUGUACUUUCUAGGGAUGAAGUAUACAACAGCAACUUUUGCAGCUGCCAUAAUCAAUAUUCUUCCUGCUAUUACCUUCGUAAUGGCAUGGAUGGUUAGGCUUGAGAAGGUGAAUAUAAAAUCUCUCCAUAGCCAAGCUAAGAUAGCUGGAACAAUAGCAACAGUUGGAGGAGCCAUGGUUAUGACAAUGGUGAAAGGCGCACCAGUGAAUUUGUUCGGGACAAAAGGAAACAGUCACCAUGAACAGGGAACAUCUGCCAUAAAUCUCCACGACUCAAUCAAGGGUGCCCUGAUGAUUACAGUUGGCUGCUUCAGUUGGGCUUGUUUCAUGAUCCUCCAAGCAAUCACAUUGAAAACAUACCCAGCUGAGCUCUCUCUUACGGCUUGGAUUUGCCUCUUGGGUACAAUUGAGGGCAGCAUAGUGGCUAUGGUCAUGGAAAGAGGAAAUAAUAGCGUUUGGGCUCUGCACUGGGACACUAAAUUAAUAGCAGCCGUCUACAGUGGUGUUGUCUGCUCUGGUUUUGCUUAUUACAUUCAAGGAGUGAUAAUGAAGGACAGAGGCCCUGUUUUCGUGACUGCCUUUGGUCCUCUAUGCAUGGUUAUAGUCGCUGUCAUGAGUUCCAUUAUUUUAGCAGAGCAAAUGUUCUUGGGAAGGGUAAUUGGUGCUGCUAUCAUAGUUGGAGGCCUGUAUCUUGUUAUUUGGGGUAAAAGCAAGGACCACAAAUCCCCACCUCCAACUGUUGACGACCAAAUAAUACCAACUAAACAGACAACAAAUGAAAGGAGCCAUGAAAAAGAAAACUCUGAUCAAGAAGCUUCACAGCCUAUCCAUCGGGUAGAGAUACCAUAACGUAGCUUUCAACAUCUAGAGAGGUUCGGCUCAGGUUCCACUUUCGGAACACAAGAAGCCAACAUUUGUUUUGAACAUCUCUAGUUUCUGAUGCUUCUUUGCAAGAUGCAGGUUUUUACAGUGAACAGGAAGAUGACUACCUAGAAGAAAGAACUCGCAAAUUAAGCCAUUUGAUUGAAUUGAUUUGUAAUUCAUCAGGUUCCAAAAUGUAACAGCUAAAGUUGCGGUUUGGAUCAUCAAUUCAUAUGGUUUCUUCAAAUUA